UCUUUUACAAGGAGCACACAAUUGCAAGGACACACAUUACUCAACGAGAGCCGUUACGAACAGUCUUGUUCUUAAUCUUUUCCCAAUUAUUUAAUUGGUCUUUUAUUUUGCAGCCACAUUCCUGAACAUCAUGGAGGUUGAUGAUCUUGAACAGAAUUUGCUUCAGCAAUUUAGUUGUAUGGGCACGACAGAUCACGAAGUUUUAAUUUCUCAACUAAGAAAAUUGGUAGGCGACGAUGUAAACGAGUCCACGGCAUCGUUUUUUCUGGAUAUGAAUAACUGGAACCUCCAAGCUGCUAUUUGUUCAUAUUUUGAAUUUCAGUCCACACACAAACUUCCCAAUAUGACAUUGAUUCAAGAUGUCACGAUUGGUGAAGGAGAAAGUGUACCUCCUCAGACUAGUUUUGUCAAAACCUGGAAGGUUGCUAAUAAUGGGGAUGACAGGUGGCCUGAUGGUAGCUAUUUGGCUUUUACUGGUGGUGUCAAUUUAGCCAUGCAAACAGCUGUUCCCGUAGCACCUCUAAAUCCUGGUGAGGUUACAGACAUCAGUGUUGAUAUGAACAGCCCAUCUCUCCCAGGGAUGUAUGAAAGCAAAUGGAGAAUGGCAACCCCCAACGGAUCUUAUUUUGGAGACACAAUAUGGGUGAUCUUGAGUGUUGCAGAAGGAGGAACAUUAGCACUAACACAGCAACUUACUCACUUCAAUGCUCUUGGUUCUGUAAUACCCAUUGGUCCCCCUUUUAAUCCAUUUGCUGCGCAGAAUGUUGGCCGAGCACAGCAUUUACAUCAGGAUGACGCGCAAAUGGGAUCUUAAAAUUCUCACUGUCCACACUAUUUUUCUUAAUUGUGAAAGGAAAGCCUGUUUAUAUAAUCUUAAAAGAAUGAAGAGUCUAUAUGAUUUUAAUUUCCGUGCAUAUCGGAUCGUGUUUUCCCUUCACGUUUUUUGUGUGUUUGUGGAAGUGAGAUGUGAUUUAAUUGAUUAAUGGGUUUUGAAAUGAAAGAGUAUUGUCAGGUCAAAAUUACCUACGAUUUUCAUUUAGUAUUUUGUAUACUCUAGUAUCAUUGCGAUAUCGAUUGUUUUGGAAUAAAUUGUAAUCAGGUUUA